UUCUGUUGAGUAUAUAUAUUUUUAUAAAAGUUUUGCUUCUUUGUAACCAGCUAAACUGGAUACUUUUCACAACAAUUAGUAUAUAUAUAUACACAUAUGUUCCACAUGUGUAUAUAUAUAUAUAUAGGAGUAGGGCUUUGGUGGAAAUAUAGGACAACACACCUGUAAUGAUAACGACAAAACUAUGAUUUUGCAAAACUCCAGGACUUAAAAUAAUAUCAAAGUUGCGAAUAAGGAAGGCAGCAAAAUGAGUCGCAGAUGUCCCAAAGACUAUUCGGCACUACCACCGCCACAAGAUCCCAAUUUUUUGCAAGUACCACAACGAAGAAUAUGUCCACCAAGAGGACGGAGAAGUCCUUCCUUAUCUCAAAUAUGCCCACAAGAAAUUGGUUCACCACCAUCUGCAAAAAUGGUGAUGCCAGAUAGUCCUUUAGUAGAUAGAAAUAUUGGUGUAGCUGCACAUAGAGCUCAUUUACGUGCAGUACGCGAUCAAUUUCCGACACAAAUACCAUGUCCACCACCUCGGCCCCCAAAUUAUACAGGAGCACCACCAUCGAGACAACAAAUAUGUGAGACACCACGGACAACACGCCCAAGUUCAUCGCUACCACAUAUGCAGAGACCACCUGCAAGAGGUGCAAGACCAUGUCCAUCAAAAACAGCACUGCCACCAAGACCUAAUAAAGCGGCAAUGUUGCGUGCAGCUGCACAAAAACCAUCAUAUGCUCCUCCUCCAACAAAGCGAACGGGUUUUGAUGCUUAUCAACAACGUGGGAUUUGUCCUCAGCCUCUUAAAAAACGUCUAAGAGACGCAAGAGCUCCUAAAGUUCCAUCAGUUGCUAAACUAAUUCCACCAUCAUAUGGAGUCAAUCCUCCCAGACGUACACUUCCUCCAUCUCAAGUGAAUGCCAUUCGUGCAUGCGUCCCAAUAGUUGGAAAAACUAGACAGACAAGAGUAUCGAAAGGUCGCGUACCUAUGCCUCCUUAUAAUACUCCAGAUCUUUCUGGUUUUAGGUCACCAGACAGAAGUUCCACAAUACCAUCAUUUGAUAGAUUUACUAUUCCAGAUGAUCCGAAUGACAUCAUUGAAUAUUCAGAUCCAGCACUAAUGGAGCCCACAACUCCACAAGGAGCUGUAUGUCCAUCUCGGCCUACACCACAGAGGAGACGAGAUCCUAGAUUACCUUCUGCUAUAAGUACGCCUAUCACAUAUAGUCCUAUACAACAGAGGUUGAAUAGAACUCCAAUACCAGGAGUGUCACCAGAACGUGCUGCAAAACCGAUGCCCUUUUUUGAUUCACGUUUAGAAACAACAUUUCGAUCAGGUGGCCCAUGUGCACCAGUUCAACCUUCACCAGUACAAGCUUCACCACAACCAUGUGCGCCUUCACCACAACCAUGUGCGCCUUCACCACAACCAUGUGCGCCACAAGCGGCAGCAGCAAAUAAAGCAAAUGCUCAACGACUGCGUGCUGAAAGGAAUGCACGUUUAGGUCGAAUAAAAGGUCCUCAAUUUCCGGUUUAUAAAAAACCAAUGAAAUUUUUACCUCCUGAACAACGUGGAUUCGGAGCAGCUGGUAAACGUGGUAUUUGUCCGGCACCCAUAAAACGACCUGCACCUACUAAACCUCUUCCGAAGAUACCAACCGCUAAUAAAGCAGCCGCACUUAGAUUGGCUGCAAAAGAAAAGCAACAGGCUCAAGAAAGAGCCUGUGCUGAAGCUGCAGCAAAAAAGGCAAGAAUGGCGGAAGCAAGAAGGCGUCAACUAAGAAGAACUGCAUCAAAACAACAGGCAGCACCAUGUGGACCAGCGCCUAGAGUAAGUCAGUCACAAAGAAAUAUUGCACAGGCUCCUACUCUUAACAGGGCAGCAGCUCUCAGACUGGCCGCUAAAGAAAAACAAGCUCAAGCGAAAGCUCAAGCUGAAGCUUGCGCAGCAGCGCGAAGAGGUCCAAGGCCAGGCGCUCGCGCACCAAGACAACAAAUACCAAUUGCUGGUAAAGCGGCUCCCAGAGUAACCCAAUCGCGCAGAGCAAUUCCACAAGCACCUACCAUUAACAGAGCAGCAGCUCUGAGAUUAGCUGCAAAAGAAAAGCAACAGGCUCAAGAAAAAGCUCGAUGCGAAGCACAAGCUAAAGCUGCUGCUGCACGAAGGCGUCCGGCGCCAAGAGCCCGACAAACGGCACCAAGAAGUGCAGCAGCACCUGCGGCAGGACCAUGCAGACCAACUCCACAAGUUAAACUUACUAAAGCAGCGGCGCUUAGGUUAGCUAAGAAAUCUUCAUCCCAAAUCAAACCACCCACUGUUCCAUGUAAGCCUCCUGCAAGGAGAGUUCCUUCUGCUCCGAAAAUACCUGCUGCGAAUAAAGCAGCAGCUCUUCGAAUGGCUAUGAAAGGUCAGGGACCAUGUCCGCCUAAGCGACCUACAGGUUUUCAGGCUCAGCCAACACGUCAGAUAUGUCCACCACGUAUUACAAAACAACUUAGAGAUACAAAAGCUCCUAAAGCACCUGUAGUUAAAACUACAAAAGCUAGUAGAGCAAGAGCUGAAAAGUUACCACCAGGUGCCAAGCAAAUUGGACGUAGGCCUGAUUCAGGAUGGUGGUGCUCGCGUACAGAAGACACUGGUCAACCGAAAAAACCUGUAAAACCUCUUACUAUACAUACAGUUAAAAGAGAGUUCCCAAUAUUAAGAGAAAAAAAGCCGCAACCCCCUCCAAUGAAACGUGGAUUUGGUGCUUAUUCAAAACGUCGAAUAUGUCCUGAACCUAUGAAGAAAGCAUCUGUUCCACCACCUUCUCAAAGAGUUCAAGCAAGACCCAAUCGAGCAGCACAACUGAGAAUAGCUGCAAAACCUCCAUGCCCAGUGCCUGAAGCAACAACUAGAAGAAUGCCACCAAAACCACCCGCGAGGAGACCCCCUUCACGACCGCCAUGUCCACCAGCACCGCCACCUAAAACACCACCUUUCGAUUGGGAUGCACCUAUUGAGCCCGUGUUUCCAUAUGAAGAGUCACUUCAUGAAGAUCCUGAUAUAUUUUAUAAAGGAUAUGAAGGUGGUGAAUAUACGGCGGCAGAAUUUGGUGUAGCUGAAGAUGAAAUUUUUAUGCCUACAUCUUACAUACAAACAAAAAAUUUUCAAGAACAUAGGGAUAAUCCAAAUGCUUGGGAUGCGCAGGUACAACAAGCGUAUUUAUACUAUGAUCCAACCGUUCCUGAAUGUCCUCUACCUCCAGUUAGUAAACAAAAAUUGAAUUUGAUUCCACAUCUAAAGCCAAAGAAAGCACAAAAGCCGAAAACACCUCCUAAGAGCAAAUUAACUAAGAGGCUUGAAUAUAAAGCCCCAUCAUUACCAAUUACCCGUAAAACAUCGAGGGGCGGUAGACCAUGUCCCCCACCUGCGGGGGCUGCAGCAUCUAAACGAUCUAAAAUGCUCUCGUACAAACCACCAUCAUUACCAAAAGGAAAAAGCGGCGCCGGAAGAAAAGGUGCAGCACCUUGUGUACCAUCAGCACAAACUGUAGGAAGUCCAUGUCCUCCACCACCGGCACCAUUUGAAUAUGAGUCUGAUGGAGCGCUAGGUAGUCCAUGCCCACCAGAACCAUUCGAAUAUGAUUCUCCAACCGGUCCAUGUGGACCACCAGUAAGCCAACUUGGAAAGAAGGUUACAUUUGCACCAUCACCAGCAGGUAAGCGUCGUCCAUCAGCACCAUGUCCACCGUCUAGAAGAGCACCACCUACAAGAAGACCUUCUGCACCAUGUCCACCACCAGCAAAAAGACCUGCAGCACCGUGUCCACCAUCUUCAAGAAGACCUUCUGCAUCAUCUUUUCGUCCACCAUGUCCACCACCAGGAGAAUCUGCAGCAAGCAAACGAAAAAAAAUGCUUCAAUUUAAGCCACCGCCUUUACGAAAACCUUGUCCACGUCCACCACCAACAGCAGCUCCAAGUAAGCGAGAUAAAAUGCUAGCAUUUAAGCCGCCGACAUUGGCGAGACCUCCAAGAGCCAUUGCUGCCCCUCCUUGUCCACCUCGUCCACCUGGCCCACCUGGCCCACCUUGUCCUCCUCCAGGUAGAAAAAUGCCACCCACUGGACCCACAAGACGAACUGCUAAACCAGGCUUGUUUCCACCAUGUCCACCACCAGGAGAAUCUGCAGCAAGCAAACGAAAAAAAAUGCUUCAAUUUAAGCCACCGCCUUUACGAAAACCUUGUCCACGUCCACCACCAACAGCAGCUCCAAGUAAACGUGAUAAAAUGCUAGCAUUUAAGCCGCCGACAUUGGCGAGACCUCCAAGAGCCAUUGCUGCCCCUCCUUGUCCACCUCGUCCACCUGGCCCACCUGGCCCACCUUGUCCUCCUCCAGGUAGAAAAAUGCCACCCACUGGACCCACAAGACGAACUGCUAAACCAGGCUUGUUUCCACCAUGUCCACCACCAGGAGAAUCUGCAGCAAGUAAACGAAAAAAAAUGCUUCAAUUUAAGCCACCGCCUCUACCAAAACCUUGUCCACGUCCACCACCAACAGCAGCUCCAAGUAAACGUGAUAAAAUGCUAGCAUUUAAGCCGCCAAGAAUGGCAAGGCCUCAAAGAGCCAUUGCAGGACCUCCUUGUCCACCUCCUCAACCAACUGGUCCACCUUGUCCACCUGCUCCACCUGGUCCACCUUUUGGUUUUCAAAUGCAGGAUAUCUGUGAAGAUGAACUUGGAGAUGUAACACCUCCAAGUGAUUUUGAUUUUACACCACCCCCAUGUGAAGAAUAUGCGGGUCCUGAAAUUUGUCCGUCGGAAGCGCCUCCCUGUGAACAAUAUGUAAGCCCUGGACCUCAACCAUUGGCAAGUCCUCCAAGAGCCAUUGCUGGACCUCCUUGUCCACCUCAACCAACUGCUCCACCCCGACCAACUGGUGCACCUUGCCCACCUUCACGACGAACUGGUCCACCGCGACCAACUGCUCCACCUCGACCAACAGGUGCACCUUGCCCACCUUCUCGACGAACUGCUCCACCUUGCCCACCUCGACCAACUCGUCCUCCUCGAGCGAUUGGUGCACCUUGCCCACCUCGACCAACUGGUCCACCUCGACCUUGUCCACCAGCACCCGUGAAAAGGCAACCCUCCAGAGCUAGAAAAACUGCAGGUCCAUUCUCAGCUCGACCCUGCCCACCACCAGCGGAAACUGCAGCAAGUAAAAGAACUAAAAUGCUUUCAUUUAAACCGCCUCCACUACCAAAACCUUGCCCACGUCCCCCACCAACAGCAGCUGUAAGUAAAAGAGAUAAAAUGCUAGCAUUUAAGCCGCCGAGAAUGGCGAGGCCUCCAAGAGCCAUUGCUCCUCCUCCUUGUCCACCGCGACCAUCUCGCCCACCUUGUCCACCUCCAGCUACCAAAAGACGACCUAGUAGUACCCGCCCACCGUGUCCACCAAAAAGGCAAGCUAAACAACCUGGGUUUGGAAGUUCGGCUUCUCGUCCAUUUACCGCACCGCCACCACAAUCGUUAAAACCAGGUGGAAGACCAAGAACACAGCAAGCACCACGCAGGAAAGCUUCAAAAGCGGUGUGUCCACCUACAGGCCCUGCGGCUCAGCCAAUUUGUGAUGCACCAAAUCGUUUUCAAAUGCAGGAUAUCUGCGAAGAUGAACUUGGAGAUGUAACGCCUCCAAGUGAUUUUGAUUUUACACCACCCCCAUGUGAAGAAUAUGCGGGUCCUGAAAUUUGUCCACCGGAAGCGCCUCCCUGUGACGACCCAUGUGAGGCGGAAGAGGAAGAUAUGUAUGGUGAUGCACUUGAAGAUAUUACACCACCAUGCGACUUCGAUGCAACACCGCCUGCUGAAACAACGAUGGACCGAGCAGAGCGAAUUCUGGCAAUGGCUCGACCACGUAAGGUUUGUCCACCUGCACAACCUAAAAUUCUAAAUCUUCCCCCAAUUCCUCCGGCACCAUGUGAAGGGGAGCAUGAUACUCCUGAUUUAUUUAGGAAAAGACGUCGCUUACCAAGGCAAACUUAUUCUCCGUCUCAAUUUGGUUUAACAAGAGAUGAACAGUGGCGCCAUCCAAAAAUGUUUCGGGGUUAUACAUAUGAAACUAACCGUGAGCAAUAUGAAGCCCUUGAUCAAGGUCCUUCCAGAAUAAGCUGUGAAGGACGAACACCAGGACACAUGCCCGUUACUCCACGAACACCUCAGUCACCGGUUGACCUUUAUCCAGUUGAUCCUAAUAUUUCGCAACUUGAAAACAUAAGCAUGAGCUUCGAGGACUUACCUGCAGAACCCGAGCCAUGUCCAACUCCAAAGACCCCAAAGAGACACCCACGUGAUUACUUAACUCAUCUUAGCUCACCUUAUCAACCACAGUCACCUUCCGAUAUCGAAUGUGAAAGUGAACCUGAAUUUGAAGAUUCCUAUGAGUCACCGCAACAGUAUGUACCGGAAAUGCAAGAAGCUAUCCAACAACCCGCAGAAGUAUGUCCUAGAAGUCCUAGGAUUUCACCUCAACAACAACCAUUAAUAAUGGAUCAGGUUUCAGAGGCUUCUAUUCCAUGUGGAACUCCAGAAACAUGGCAAGCACCUUCCCGAAUACCAAUGGGUUUCCCAGAGCAUUUAGAUCAGAAUAUUGAAACAGCUCCAUGUCCAGAUGUUUAUGAACCACAUGUGGAUUAUGACGGCCCUGAUUUAAUGCAACAUGCAUCACCGCAAGCAUAUCAGCAGCCCAUGCUAGAUGACGAAGUGUUAGAAUAUGAUUCGGAAUUGGAAUGUGCCACUCCACCAGCAAAAGUACCACAGGAUUAUAUUGCCCAUCUUGGUUCUCCCUAUGCAGCUCCAGAAGUUGAGUACGAUCUUGAUGCAGAAAGUGAGCCAGAAUUUGUAGAUACCAUAUGUGAAGAGGAAAUGGAUGAAGAACCCGAAGAAUUAGAGGAGGAAGAAGAGGAAGAAGAAUGCCUACAACCAGAGGAUCAGUUAGAAUACGAUGAACUGCCACCAGGACUACCAAUGCCAAUAAUAGAUAGAGAUGAUUAUGGUCCAAUCAUAUCUGGACCACCUUGUCCUGUAACUCCAAUUCGUUUACAAUCACCACAUAUGACACCACCACCUUGUGAUACUCGACCGCGUAAAGCACCAUGGCAUCAUACAAACAUACCAGCAGAAGGUAUGCUAGAACAAGCUCAAUCACCCAAUAUAUGUGACGAAUCGUUUGUUGAAUAUGAGUCCGAAAUAGAAGUAGAGCGACCAGACUCUCCUUGCGAAGCUGAAGAUAUUCAAGAAGAAGUUUGUCCUCCACAACGAACGCCUCCUUGUCCUAAAAGAAGGCCACAAGACUAUCUUACUUCACCUUACGUUCCACAUGAAACAUCGUUUAAUCUUCAAUCGGAGAGCCAACCAGAAUUUGAAAGUUAUACCAGUGUGCCAGACACAUCUGACGAAUCAUUUUAUGACGAACCAUGUUCUCCUGAGCAAAUAGAUUAUCCUGAAAUUGCCCCGACAAUGCCAACCGUUUUUGAAAGAGAUACGGAGGGCCAAAUUAUAUGCGCUCCUCCACAGGCACCUCCAUACGAACCAAUUCAAUUAACGUCACCUGGCCGUCCACCAGAUGUGUUACCACGUAUUCCAUCACCAUUACAACUUCCAACCAGACCUAUGCCUUGUGCUGAAGAAGAGCCUGAUUUAAUGGAACAUAUGUCACCGACAACACACGCUGAACAAAUGAUUGAAGAUGAGGAAUUCGAGUAUGAUUCUGCGUUAGAUUGUGCCACACCGCCACCAAGAGUACCUCAGGACUAUAUUGCUCAUCUCGGUUCACCUUAUGCACCCCCAGACGCUGCGUAUGAUCUUGAAGCAGAAAGCGAACCAGAAUUUGAAGAUUCCGUUUGUGAAGAAGAAAUGGAAGAAGAAGAAGACAUAGAACCAAUUUGUUUACCUCCACCACCGGAGACAGCUCCAGCUCCAAUUAUACCAAGAGAUGGUUUAGGGCAAAUUGCCUACGACUAUGGUCCUUGUACACCACCUACUCCAAUUCGAAUGUUUUCACCACAUAUGACACCACAACAACAAGCUCCACCUCGUAGGGCGCCAUGGCAUCAUGCUAAUUUAGAAGCAGAAUGUGCGCAAGAACAAUCACCACAAAUAGGUGAUGAAUCAUGUGUUGAAUAUGAAUCUGCAUUGGAUAUAGAGCAUCCAGACACUCCUGACUUAGUUGAUGAAGAAGUUUGCCCAGCCUUUACUCCAGAAAGACCACCUGCAAAAACAAGACCUGAAGAUUAUUUAAGUUCUCCUUACGUUCAACCUGAAACUUCCUAUAGAGUUGAAGAUGAGAGUGAACCAGAAUAUGAUAGUUGUCCAGAGGAAGCUUCGUAUGUUCCUUCUCCAACUCCAAUAAAAAGAGUUAGAACCAAGCCUUGUCCUCCAGUGAUUAUUCCCAGAGAUGAACAAGGCCAACCUAUAUAUGGUGGAAGAAGGAAACCUCGACGAAUUCCAUUCACCAUGCCAAGAGAAAGUCCACCCCCCUGUUUUGUAGUUCAUCAUUCACCGCCACGUGCUCCAACACCUGAACUUAUGCAACACGUUACACCGCCUCCAUAUCAAGAACCACAAAUAGAGGAAGAAUCACCAAUAAGAUUUGACGAUACUCGUGAUUGCUUCCAAGACAUUAGCUCACCUUUAGUACCAACACAUUUCUAUGAUUCAGUUGCGGAACAACAUGUUUAUCAUGAUUAUCAACCAAUUCAAUUACAUUCUCCUCAAAUGUCUCCCCCACCACAACCAAGUCCCCCACCAUUCUAUGAAAUGUUUAAUACGCCAGCAGAAUCCCCAUGUGAAGGAGCUCAACAAGGAAAGGCUUCAACACCAAUACAGACAUCAUAUCCUUCACAGUUUCUUGAAGAGGAGCAGAUGUCUUUCGCAGAAUCGCCAAUCUACCAAUCACCUCAAAUGCAGGAAGAUAUUUGUCAAGAACAGUAUGCAGAAUCACCGCAACCAGACGAAUGUAUAGAAGAUGAAACAAUGCCAUCAUUUAGUGACGAAUCACCAUUCAGAGUAUCAAUGUAUUUGCAGUACAGCCCGAACUAUGCAGAUGAAACGCCAAGGCAGCGUUGUCCUCUAAAAGAUAGACCGAAAGCAUUCCGUCAAUUGCAAUUCCCUCAGACACCACCCAAUGUAUGUCCUCCCGAACCAUCUGCACGCACACCAGCUGCAGCUGCAAGUCCUUAUAGCUCACCAUGCCCAGAAGUAGAACAACCUCCUUAUAGUCCAAUACCAUUCAUAGAACCAGGUCCAUGGGAUGAUUUUCCGAACUACAUGUCCUUUGAAGAACAAAUGCAAAGGCGUGAUGCAGCAGAUGCACGGGAAGCGAAUCUUGCAAACUAUGAUGAAUCUUUUGAGGCAGACCUUCAAUGCCCAUUUCUUAACGAUUAGUUGUGAAAUUUAAUCUAAGUAUCCUAUUUAAAAUGUUGGUGAAAUAAAGAAGCAAAACACAA